CUUCUCUCCCAUCCCUCAAACCACUGCCAAAUUGCAACACUUUCCCUUCCUUCCUCUGUUUUAUUUCUCUUUAAAUUUUACUUUUUCUAUCAUUCAAUUAAAUAAUAAAAAUUUGCACAUAAAUAAAGUGGUGAGGUCACGUUAUCCAUCUCGUAGGUUCCUCUUCUUCCUUUCUAUUUAAACUGUUGUGGUCACCCCCUCUGCUUUGUUCUGUUCUGCUCUCCUCUUCAACUUUUGCCUUUCUUUCAUUUCUCAAACUAAUUCCUUUAUUUUCAAAGUCCUUUUUUUCCAUCCAAUCAGCGGAAAUAAGAAGAAAAAAGAUACACUGUGAGCAAAGGAGCGGAGAAAAAGCUGUGAAAUAUCCCGGGGGGGAAGCGUCAUGGCGUCCUCUAAGGUGAUAACGACAACGUCACAGACCAAUCCUGAUCUGCCACGUCAGCCAUCUCUAUGCCCUUCGCUCUCCACUCUCCUCGCCGACCUUCAGAACCAACAAAACAAUCAAAACCAAUCCCAGAACGGCCUUGGUUCCAUGAACAUGGACGAUCUGUUGAAAAACAUCUGCUCCUCCCCACCACCACCGCCACCUACUUCCGAUUCACACCCGCAGUUUGCCGGCGUGUCCAUCUCAUGCGAAGGUAGUUUCUCGCUCCCGAAGGAUGUGGCGAACAAGUCCGUCGACGAGGUUUGGAAGGACAUCGUGGUCGGUGGCGACGAUAAGAGACAGGGGAAUCCACCGGUAGGUAUGACUUUGGAGGAUUUCUUGACGAAAGCUGGGGCGGUUAGGGAAGAGGAUGUCAGGGGAGUUGUUAAUCAGGUGGGAGUAGGUGCAGGGGUUUAUCCUGUUGACCCGGCCGUUAUCAACGGUGGUGGAAAUCAUUUUUCGGCGUUCGGAAACAGCGGUGGCGUUGAUCAUCAGAGGUUGGUGGCGGUGGCAGGUGGAGGCGCUAGAGGAAAGCGACGCGCCGUGGAGGCACCGCCUUUGGAUAAAGCGACUCAGCAGAAACAGAGGCGGAUGAUAAAAAACAGAGAAUCUGCAGCUAGAUCCAGAGAACGCAAACAGGCUUAUACAGUUGAAUUGGAAUCACUGGUGACACAAUUGGAAGAAGAAAAAGCCCGGUUGCUGAGAGAAGAGGCUGAGCUGAACAAGGCGAGGUUUAAGCAGCUGAUGGAGAACCUGGUCCCUGUUGUGGAGAAACGAAGACCACCUCGAGUUCUUAGGCGAGUUCAUUCUAUGCAAUGGUAAAUAUAGUAGCUCAUCUUCUUUUUUCAUUAAUGUAGAUGACAAGGAGAAACAAAAAGCUUUGAUAAAAGGAGUGGGGAAGUAGAAGUUUGUUGAAGCAUUUGGGGCUUUGUUUUUUGGCAUAGAAUCCCAUUACAGUUGAACUUAUAUACUUUUGGGUAUUUUGCUAAGAUAAUGUAAAUAAGACACAAGUUCAUUUGUGUAAAGUAUCUUAUUCCCUGUAAUUCUGUCGGAUAGUAGGGCUGUGAACUGAUCCUCUAUACAAACAUGUGGUGGUGAAAUUCAUGAGAAUAUUCGAAGUGGAAGUACUCGUGCUCACUGCCUUUGUUUUCUUUCAUAAUAAAAGCUGAGCAUGGUGCCAUUAACCGGUGUUUGUGCUAAAAAUGUAAUACAAUUUAACGGAUGUCAACAAAUCAAGAUUGUCAGUUUGUUUUUGUA